AUGGAGCCCAAUUCUUCAUUCCCUUAUCCGACUGGGAAAGAAGUAAAAUGCAUGGAAGGAUUAAAAUUGUGGCGGAACAGCUCAUCUGAAAUAAACAAGGAAGUAUACAAAGGCAACGGAGCGAACAAACAAAACAAGAUUGAUAACAAUUUCGGUGCAGCACUUGAUUUCUCGGAUACCAACAAAGCUAACUUCAAUGUGACUCUUUGGAGCGAACCAAGUAGAGCUAAAUCCGCGUCUUCUUUUAAUUUUUCUCGUUUGCCAAGGUUAGUGAAUAUGGCAUCCAAUGUGUAUCUGCAGGCUUUGCAAGGAUCUGGUACCCAGAUACUGUUUGAGUUCAUGAAAGAAGUACCAACCACACUUAGAAUAAGUGCUUUGUUAGCAGCAGUUGUGGAUUUAUUGUUGCGUAUGACAACUUUUGGACUACUUCUGUUUCCAGUUACUGUAAGUAUGCUAGUGUUUUAAAGAAUUACCAGUGGUUAUGCUUGAAUGCUCCAUAUAUAUUUUGUAGACAAUGCUACUAUGAAGAGUUGUUUCCGGAAGUAGUAUAUUUUAAUAAAAAAAGAGGGCUGGUACACCACACACAAACAGUAGAAAGAAAAUUUGCAUGAUUUUAGUAAUUACACUGUAUUACAGUUUAAAGAUGUGAUCAAGUACAAUUAUAUCAUUUACUUCUUUGCAGGUGCAUC